AUGAGUGAUAAAACCCCACAAUCAUUUUUCAAAAGAACUUCCAACAGAUUUAACACAGAACAACUAGAAAAUGAAAGAAAUCCUGAAGAAGAUUCAGCGAAGGGCAAUGUAAAAGUUAUUUGCAGAUUUCGUCCAUUAAACAGCAAAGAAAAAGAAUAUAGUGAAAGAUCGUGUAUUGAGUUUGGUAGUGACUUAAAAUCAGUUAGAAUGCUAACCCAGUCAGAUGCUGGAUGUUUGCCAGUUUUUAAUUUUGAUAGAGUAUUUUCUCCUGACUCAAGCCAAGCAGAAGUAUAUGAAAUGGCAGCAAGACCUGUAGUUGAGUCUGUACUUGAAGGAUUCAAUGGAACCAUUCUGGCAUAUGGGCAAACUUCUUCAGGAAAAACAUUCACAAUGAGUGGGCCAAGUCUUGAUGACCCAGUCUAUCGAGGAAUUAUUCCUCGUAUGGUAAAAACAGUUUUUCAAAGCAUUCAGGAAGCUGAUGAACACUUAGAAUUUGCUGUAAAAGUAGGCUAUUGUGAAAUAUAUCUAGAAAAAAUAAAAGACUUAUUCAAUCCAUCAAGAGGAGAUCUAAAAAUCAUGGAAGACAGAACGAGAGGAAUUUUUAUUGAAAAUUUAACUGAAGAAUAUGUAUCACAGGAAGAAGAAGUUUACCAAUUGAUGAAAAUGGGAGGGAAAAACAGAGAAGUUGCAGCGACAAAUAUGAAUGAAGGGAGCUCCAGAUCACAUGCAAUUUUUAUUUUAACGAUAUCUCAAAGCAAUACUACAGACAUGAGCGAAAAAACUGGGAAGCUAUAUUUAGUAGAUUUAGCUGGAAGUGAAAAAAUCAGCAAAACUGGGGCUGAAGGGAAAAGGCUUGAUGAAGCAAAAAAAAUUAAUCUGUCACUUACAACUCUAGGACUGGUCAUUUAUUCAUUGACAGAUGGGAAAUCCACUCAUGUUCCCUAUCGAGAUUCAAAGCUCACAAGGAUUCUUCAAGAAUCCUUAGGAGGGAAUUCCAAAACCACACUAAUUUUGACGUGUUCGCCUUCUUCUUAUAAUGAACAAGAAACAAUCAGUACACUGAGAUUCGGAAUCAGAGCAAAAUCAAUCAAAAACAAGCCAAAAAUUAAUAAGGAAUUUACAGUAGCAGAACUAAAACUUUUGCUAGCAAAAGCACAAGAAGAAAUCAAGCAAAAAGAAAUAAAAAUUGGCUUACUUGAAAAACGAGCUAUAGAUUCAGGCAGAAAUAGCUCAAGAGAUACAGAAGAAACGUCAGUUAAUGAAAAUGAUUUACAAGGACUCAUUCAAGAGCUUGAACUAGAAAGAGAACAUCUUGCUGAAGAAAUUGAAAAAAAUAAUGAACUCUCCCAAGAUUUAGCUAUACAAACUGCUAGAGCCCAAUCUUUGGCUAGAGAAAACGAAGAAGUCAAUUCAAAACUCAUGGACAUCUUAUUUUCAAUGCAAAGCAUUGAGGAUAAACUUCAAGAUAGUGAAGAAGCGGUCUGUAAAUUGACUGCAAAAAAUGAAAAUUUAAAAAAAAUAAUUGACAGCCUGCAAGAAGCUCUAGCAGAAGCAAAUUUAACAAUUUCAAAAAAAGAAAUGGAAAUGCAAAAUUUAUUAUUAAAUACGACACCAAUCAAAGAUAAAGAAGAUUUAAUAGCAGAAGUCAAAAAUCUUAGAGAAAAAUAUCAGCUGCAAGAAGAACAGCUAAAAGCUCAUUAUUCAAGAAUUAUCCAAGACUGUAAUAACGCAAAAGCUGAAGAAAUAACAUCCACCUCUAUUGAAAUAAAUACAUUAAUUGAAGAAAAAAUGCAGCUUUCUUCAGAUUUGCGAAGUAAAUUCGAUGUAAUUUAUUCUUUGGAACAGAAAAUUAUUCAAAAAGACCAAGAAUUUCAGAAAAUUGAAAUUGCAAAAAAAGAAUAUGAGGAUCAUAUGAAGGGGAAAGUGUCAAAUUUAGAGAAAAGCUUUGGACAAUUGAUGAAAAAGAUGGCUGAUGAUCUAAGUGCAUAUAAACAGAAAUGUGGAAUAUAUAAAGAAAGAGCACUGAAAUAUAAGGAAAGAUGUGAAAAACUAAAAGAAAGAUUGUCUGAAAUCAGGCAGAAGAUUAGAGAUCAUAGAGGAACUGAAAAUAAGCCUGAAAGUCCUCAGAAGCAGCAUGCACAAAUUGUGAAGAAAGUUAAAGGCGGAGGAAACUCAAGGCUUUUAGGACUUUUGUCGUUUUCAGCGUUUUCUUCUCCAUAUAAAAGAAAAGAUUAA